GUCUCCCAGCUUAUGUCACUUUCUCGCGCAGCAUUGCUCGCGAAAGAUUGUCUUGAAGCUAACAAUAAUAAUAAUAAUAAUACCUUUGUAGUUCAUCGUGCCACCGUUGUUACGUUAUUACGGUGAAAUAUAAUAUCGAGGAUCAGGGAUCAGAUAACAAAAUAAUUUUUUGGAGUUAGAUUGACCGACGACAUUGACGAAAUCUUAGUGAAAGAUGGAAGACGUUUUAGAGGAAAUAGUCUCGUCCGAAGAUUUAAAGAAAUUUGAAUGCGCCUAUAACCAACAACUACAAUCUUCGGAUAACGUAUCACAAAAAGUUCAAUUUGAAUACGCUUGGUGUCUUGUCAGGAGUAAAUAUACAGCUGACAUACAAAAGGGAAUUAUCCUUCUGGAAGAUCUCUUCAAUAAUCAUGGAGAGAGUGAAAAAAGGGAUUGCCUGUAUUAUUUGGCAAUCGGCAAUGCUAGACUAAAGGAAUAUACGAGGGCGCUUCAUUAUGUUAGAGCUUUCCUGCAAGUUGAGCCUGGAAAUCAGCAAGUUCAACAUUUGGAAACAUUGAUAAAAAAGAAAAUGGAGAAAGAGGGUUUAGUUGGAAUGGCUGUUGCGGGUGGUGUGAUUGUUGGACUGGCAGGUAUUCUUGGAUUGGGAAUAGCAAUGGCCAGUAAAAAAUCUUAGCCUGACCAAAAAGACGGUUGAAUGGUAUCGUCGUACACAAAGAAAACAGAGAAAAUACAAAAUUAUUGGAGAAACCACGAAAAAUGCCUGUACCUGUACCAAAUAUUGUUGCUGCGCGUCGACGCGACGCCUUUUUUCUUCCUUUUGAGCGAGAAAGAAACAGUGGAGUAUGUGAAGCAGCAUUUCAUGAUCCAUGAUCGUAAACAUAAAAAGCGUUUGUUUCCUCUUCGAAAUUAUUUGAAAAGCUUGAAACAGAAAAAAAUGAACAAAAAAUCACACAAAAUCCAUAAGAAUUAAAAACAACCUUCCAUUGUCUCGUCGGAUCGCUCCAAUCAUCGACGCAAAACCAAAUAAAUUUUAAGCUAUUCAAUAUGCUUUUGGGAGACAUUCCAAAAUUAAUCUCGUAGAAUAGGCUUUUUCGGUUUUUUCUUUUUCUACGAGUUCCUUGCAUAUUUCUUAGUUUAUUUACUACUUUUCUUUCUCCCUUAGUCGAACGUCUGUAACGUCGUAUAGCUUGUAAAUGUACUUUCUUUUUCUUUUUUUUUGCUCAUGUAUAUAAAUAUAUUUAUAUAUCCAAUGAAAAGUUUAUUCAUGUGUGUUAUGUUGGUUGACGGAGUAUAUUAUAGCCCAAGGAGCCUCAGUUGCAUAAAUAAAUUUUAUGGUCCUUGAGUAUACUUGUGCUUUCCAUUUUUCCUUCUUUUUUCUUAUCAUGCUCCCAUUAAGAGUUCGUUCUUUCCUAUGUACGGCACAUUUACAUCUUUAUCAGAAACAUUUCUAUACCGAAAAUCCUUUAUACCUAAAAAAUCGACUCCCCUAAUUUUUUACCAUGAUCAAAUACUACCGCGUCAUAACUCCAUAUCAAACAUAUAAGAACUCGUUUUGAACAAUAAAUUUGAUUUUUAUAGUACAACUACCGCAUAAAAACUACCUAAUUUCUAUCAUAAAAUUUCUAUUGAUAAAUGUAUAAACCGCAAUGAUUGUAUAAGAAAAAUGAAUAAUUAAAAAAAUAUCUACCAUGUGA